CUUCCGUAGAUUAUUUUAGUGGUUCGUGACGCACUAGCGCGAAACAGACAAGAUAAUUUUGACAGGCAAGAUGGCGACUUCGGAGCCGGUAAGCGAGAUUGAGAAUACACCUGAAACAGAAGAGCCCCAACCUGAAGUAAUCCUCACUCCACCACCUGUGGUCCCUGGUUCUGAGCAGUACAUCAAACACCCCCUGCAAAAUAAAUGGGCCCUGUGGUAUUUCAAAAACGACAAGAGCAAAAGCUGGACAGAGAACCUCCGUCUCAUCGCAAAGUUUGACACAGUGGAAGACUUCUGGGCAUUAUAUAACCACAUACAGCAGCCCAGCAAGUUAGGCUUCGGCUGUGACUACUGCUUAUUUAAGGAUGGGGUGAAGCCGAUGUGGGAGGAUGACAAGAACAAGCUGGGCGGGAGGUGGCUGAUGACCCUCAGCAAACAGCAGAGACAAAUCGACCUCGACCGCUACUGGAUGGAGACGCUGUUGUGUUUAAUUGGUGAGUCGUUUGACGAGGCCAGUGAAGAUGUGUGUGGAGCGGUGGUCAACAUCCGACCCAAGGGAGAUAAAAUAGCCAUCUGGACCGGGAACUGUCAGAACAAGGAAGCCAUCGUGACAAUAGGACAACAGUAUAAAGAGCGCCUGAGUAUCCCCAUCAAGCUCCUGAUUGGCUACCAGUCACACGAUGACACGUCUAGCAAGAGUGGUUCCACCACCAAGAACAUGUACUCAGUCUGAUCAACAACACCUACCCCCAUCUCAGCUCAACUAGCAACCCCCUGCAUCAACAACACAUUAAUUAUUUUCAGUUGUCAAUUACUGUUAGUGUCCUUCCUUUUUACAGACGAGAGAAUUGUUGAAACGUGUACAAAAUUAGAGCUCCUCACUAACACCCGAUGGACCGGCUGGCUAACCGCCGGUUCUGGUCGGGAAGAAGAGGAAGGAAAGAAAGUAGGGCUGCGUCAGCUGAAGCUGUUGGGAUUUGACCUAGAAGAUCAUUAAAUAAAUGAGUUAAUUUUAGAAUUGGAGAGUAUAUGUAACUAAUAAUACCAGUGGCUUUCCCCAUACUAACGUAACUGAGGAGAAUAUAUGUCGUUUAAGGCUUGAUUAAAAGACCGACACCGUUCUUAGCUGUAAAACCUUUUCCUCUUCUCAUUUAUGAUCAUUCACUGUUAUGAAAAGUGUUUCUCACCAACCCACCCAGGAUAGAAAAAGUAGACGAGAUUCAUUCAUUCAUUCAGCAGAUUUUAAAGGGCAACCAGCGUUUUAACCUUCUUUAGUUGGAGGUGUUUGGCAUGAGAAGGGAUUGCAGAUAAGACAACGGUAUCUUAUAUUUUUUCUUGUAAAAGAAUAGUAGUGGUAACAGAAGAAAGGCCACUAUAGUUUCAGCCAUGCUGGGAUUGUGGAUCCUUUUCUUGUAUAACUAUUUUGAACUUUUGUUUCCCUUACAUGCAUUUAUUAUAUAUGCAUUGCAGUUGAACUACAUAGUUGGAGGACAACCAUGAAAAAACUAAAGUUCCUUACAAUUGUUUUUGUUAUUGAGGUUAACGUCAUGGACUACUGCUUAAUAAUAUAGAACAUUUUUUACAGUGUAUCAUACUAAGUAAAGAUGCCAGGACAAGUUUUAGGUCUGCUUCUUACUGUUUUCUUCCUAACAAACUGUAGAACAUUUCGCACUUCUCUCUGGGUCCUGUGCGAGUGGAGAAAAAAGGGAUAUCUAUCCAUCGUGAAAUGAUUUUGCUCAUAAUGUAUCUGUAAUUCCAGGAUGUAUAUUACCUUCUUUCAAGUAAAGGUUGUGCUUUGCAUUAAAACCAGAACAACGCUG